AUGGGGAAUUUUUUUUUUUUAGAUACGUUUCUCGUGCGCACGAGAAAAUUUCUAAUGCUCACGAGAAAAUUUCUAGUGCGCCCGAGAACAUUUCUAGUGCUCACGAGAAAAUUUCUAGUGCGCCCGAGAAAAUUUCUAGUGCGCCCGAGAACAUUUCUAGUGCUCACGAGAACAUUUCUAGUGCUCACGAGAAAAUUUCUAGUGCUCACGAGAACAUUUCUAGUGCUCACGAGAACAUUUCUAGUGCGCACGAGAUACUACUUUUUCGUGCGCACAAGAAAACAUCUCGUGCUCACACGAGAUGUUCUCGUGCUCACACGAAAUGUUCUCGUGCGCACGAGAAAGCAUUGGAUGCGCGCGCAUGUUUUGUGGGAGAUCCACUGCAUUUGGUUUGUGGUCUGUGUGAAAAUGCCAGUUCAGGAGUUAAUUCGGCUGUAUUUCGAACUAGGACUUCAUUGUAAGGACAUUGCUGCUUUGCUUGCAAGUCGUCAUCGCUAUGUUGUGUCUGAAAGACAUUUAAAACGAAUUUUGAAAGCAUGUAGUCUGUUUCGGCGCAAGGGAUACACCCCUUUGGAUCGUGUGGUUGAUUUCAUUCACCAACAGUUACAAACAAGUGGCCAGCUGUGUGGGUAUAGGUGGAUGUACACUAAAUGCAAGGAGAAUGGAUUACACAUCAAGAAAGAAGAGGUACGCUUAAUUCUUAAAGAACUUGACCCAAGGGGUGUUGAACUCAGAGGAAGGAGGCGGCUCCAUCGUCGAAACUAUUUUGCAAAAGGGCCCAAUUAUAUUUGGCACUUUGACUCUUAUGACAAACUGAAACCAUUUGGUAUCUGUAUAAACGGCUGUAUUGACGGAUUUUCCCGGAAAAUGAUCUGGAUGAAUGCAUUUAAGACCAGCAGUGACCCAAAAAUCAUUGGAGGCUACUAUAUGGAGGCAGUCCAGAAAUUCGGUGGUUGUCCAAGAAUUGUCAGAGGCGACCGGGGCACUGAAAAUGUUAAAGUCAGAGACUUUCAGCAUUUUCUCCGUCGUAACAUUCAUGACGGCUCUGAUAUUGACAGCUACAUCGAAGGGGCAAGCACAGCAAAUCAGCGCAGAGAGUUGGUGGGGUUUCCUCAGAAAGGAAUCAAUGGAGUUCUACAUCUCUCUGUUCACUGACCUGAAGGACCAUGGUUUGUUCGGUGGGACAUAUUUGGACCGAGGUCUAAUUCAGUUCUGCUUUAUGAGUAUCAUUCAGGAUGAAUUGGACGAGACCAUCCAUGUGUGGGAUUCACAUGUCAUCAGACCAUCAAAGAAUGACAGGGUGCCCAGUGGUCGCCCCCGAAUCAUGUACAUGUUCCCAGAACUCUACACAACUUAUGACUGCAUUUCCCCAGUGGACAGAGCUGAUGCACAGUUGUGUCAGAGUAAUUGCACAUUUCGACCAGCAGUGCCAUGUGACACAGACAUCUACAACAUCUGCAGCAUUCUGAUGGCAGAGUCACAGCUGCAUCUUCCAGCUGAUGCUUAUCAAGCAUUGGAUUUGUACCUGCAUUUGAGGAAUGCGAUAACAUCUGCUCUCUAAUUUGAGAUGGAUUAUUAUUCAGAUUAUUCAGGGGUACAACAUGUGCACACUGACUACACUGGAACAGUGCUAUGCCACAGACAUUAAGAACAUUUGCAGCAAUAUUGAGGGGCAAAAAGGAUUGAUAUGUCACUAUAUGCACACUGACUACAAAGAGAAACAACAAGGCAGGACAUGAAAGAGGAACUGAAUAUUUAUUUGAGAAUAUUAUGCUCUUCGUAGUUAACUGUCAGUAUAUUUACCAUAUGAGGCUCAAAGAAAAACAGCCAUUUGAAAUGGUAAUCUCAGUGUACUAACAAAUUACAGAAAAAUCAUUUACAAUAAGAAAAUCAAAAAUCAAAAAAUGUCAACUGUUUCUGUUUUAAUAAGAACAAUAAAUGAACAAUGCUUCAAGGAUUUAAAUCUAAAUAAAUGUAAAUCUGUAGAAACA